AUAAACCCUAACUUUCUUGUUUUCGUCUGUUAUAUAUACGAGAGACGUUUGAAUUCAAGAGAGGGAGAGAGAGAGAGCUAGAGAGAGAGAGCUCAGAGGGAGGGAGGGAGAAUGGUUAGAUCGAUCACCAAGCAUGAAAGAGGUCAUUUGUUGCGAACCAAACGAUUUUUUUUUUUUUUUUUUCUUUUCAGAAGGGUACUUUUCCUUAUAGAAAAGAGGGAAAAUUAAAGUAGAGAUCUAUAGUUUGGUACUGAAAAGUUAUCCCUUGUGUUACGACAUUAAAAGCAAUACAAAAAGGUUUUUUUUUUUUUUAGUUUCGAUUCAGAGACACACACACGUAUAUUCGCCGUUUUGUCUGUCUGGCCUGCAUUGCGAUAACGUAUCAGAUUGAUGUUCGUUUCUCAAGGUUGGCCGAAGAAGCUACAAAUAACGAUCCAUGUAGCCCUGAUGCUAGAUCAAUGACAAGAAUAGCUGAAGCAUCCUUUGAGGUGGAUGAUUAUUGGAGAAUUAUUGAUGUUCUUCAUAGAAGGUUCUAUAGCAUUGAUUGGAAGCGAUGGAGACAAUCCUACAAAUCACUGGUACUUCUUGCGUUCUUACUAACUCAUGGUCCUGAAGAUUUGGCUGAAGAAUUCCAACGUGAUGCUGAUAUUAUUCAAGAGCUUGGAACAUUUAAACACAUAGAUGAGAAGGGGUUCAACUGGGGCGUCAGCAUGCAGAAGAAAUCAGAGGAGAUACUUAAACUUCUAGGAGGAGGAAUAGCACUCAAAGAAGCGCGUCUGAAAGCUCUCAAAAUAACAAAAGAAAUCCAAGGAUUUGGAAGUCCAAACACGGCUUCUCCUUCCUCUAGUACUGCUAGUACUACUCCCUCAUCUUCCUCCGAAACGUCAAGGUUUUCUUCAAUUCUCUCGUCGUGUUCUACCACAAGUACUCCCACAUGGAAUGAUACAUAUGAGCUGAACAAACAUGAUCAACUGCGAUCACCUACAAAAGAUUCUAAUUCAGAAGAAGGAACACGCAAUCAUGAGGAGAGUAGCAAAUAUUUCACAUUUAAAAACAAGAAUGUUAAUGCAGUAGGAUCACACCAAUGGGAUAGCCCUGAGGUUCUAGAAACGGGUUUUUUGCUUGAUUCUGAAGAUGAAAAGGCGGAUGGUUUUAUUAGUGGAAUUUGCUCAAAGCUUGCUGGCAUUAGUCCCUCUGGAGGCAAUGAUGAUCAGGGAUUUGGAUUUAGGAGUGUUUCUGAUGCUGGAAGAUCAUCCUCAGUGACGAAGAAAAAGUUUGAUCGCCAGUAUUCACUCUGGUAUUGAAAGAGUCAUGGGGAUAUAAAUUAUUUUUGGUCUGGAUAUUUCUAGUACUUAUUUUUCGUGUGCACAUGAUCAGUGUUACGUGCGUAGUACCAUAUAUGCUAGCCAGAGCCUGGAAUAUGCAUGGUUUUGUAAUAAACACAUUUCUUAAAACAUCUCAAAACAGCAAUGAUCAUAUAAGAUUUUUGUUUCACCCAA